AUGAAGCGCACAACGGACCAGAGGCCUUCAAUUGAUGGCAAUGGCCUACCAGAGUCCAAAAAGCGCGCCCUCUCCAGUGAGGAGGCAGGUGCGCGCUUCAGUGACGGCUUGUUUGACCCCACAAAGCAAAAGAACUACACCGACGCAUACACAAAGUCGUCCCCGUACCUGCACGGUGUUAUCUGCCCCUUAAUCGAACCCUCCCUGCUGCGAUCAGUCCGCGAUGAGGUGCAAGAGCAUCUGUCCUUCACCGAGAAGGAGACCGAUAUCUACAAGAUCUUUCAAUCGGGUGACCUGGCAAACUUGGACGGCCUGGAUGAUUCCUCUCUGUCCAAGCUGCCCUCCCUGCUUAAGCUUCGCGACGCUAUGUACUCAGCCCGUUUCCGGGAGUACCUCUCCUCCAUCACCGGCUCUGGAAAGCUGAGCGGCAAGAAGACCGACAUGGCUAUCAAUAUUUACACUGAGGGAUGCCAUCUUCUGUGCCAUGACGAUGUGAUUGGUAGUCGUCGUGUGAGCUACAUUCUCUACUUGACCGACCCCGAUACCCCGUGGCAGGAGCAGUGGGGUGGUGCUCUUCGCCUAUACCCGACCACAACGAAGAAGGAUGCCAAGGGCGAGGAUGUCAAGAUCCCCAGCCCGGACUUUAGCCUUUCUAUCCCGCCGGCCUUCAACCAGCUGAGCUUCUUCACCGUUCAGCCUGGUGAGAGCUUCCACGAUGUCGAGGAGGUCUACCACCAUCGCGAAGGCGAGGACAAGUCGAAGAAGCGGGUGCGCAUGGCCAUCAGUGGAUGGUUCCACAUUCCCCAAGAAGGAGAAGAUGGGUACGAGGAAGGAUUGGAGGAGAAACUGGCCGAACGCAGCAGUCUUGCCCAGCUCCAGGGUCGUGGUGACAUCUACGACCUGCCCCGGCCGAACCCCGUGUCUUGGGAAGCACCCGAGGUGUCUGGAAAGGGCAAGGGCAAGAUGGAGGAGCAGUAUGAGGGCAAUGAGUUCACCGAGAAUGAUCUCGAGUUCUUGGUGCAGUAUCUGGCACCGUCAUACCUGACCCCGGACAUUGCUGAGGAGAUGUCCGAAGCCUUCGAGAACGAGUCCUCGCUCAGUCUGGAGCGCUUCUUGAACGAGAAGUUUGCUUCACGUGUGAGCGCUUACAUCGAGGACCAGGAGCGACAGACCCUGCCCACCUCUUCUGAGGAAAUCCAGGCUACGACCGAGUGGACUGUGGCCUGCCCUCCUCAUAAGCACCGCUAUCUGUACCAGGAGCCUGUCGAGAAUGACAUCAGCAACCCGAUCAAGGAACUUCUGAACGUUCUCUUCCCCUCACAGGCCUUCCGCAAAUGGCUUGCCCUGAUCACCGGCGUGGACCACCUCAAGAGUCACAACUUCCUUGCCCGUCGCUUCCGCCGUGGUGCGGACUAUACUUUGGCGAGUGGUUAUGAUGGUGAGGAGCCACGCCUGGAGUUCACGCUCGGCCUCACUCCCACAACAGGGUGGGAGAAGGAGCCAGAGGAAGAGGAAGACGAGGAGGACGAUGACGAGGAUGAGAACGCCGCCUCUACGAAGCCUCCCAAGGCCAAGAAGGAACCUACCGCCGAGACCGCCGAGCACCCCUCAGUUGGUGGCUACGAGAUCUACAUGGCCGGCGACGAGGACGAAGAAGACGAGGAGGAUGAGGAAAACGCAGAUCAAGUCCUCCGCCCCAAGAAGGCCAAGGCCGAUCCCGCCAUUUACCGCUCCGCAGGCGCAGACGAGGACGACGGCAUUCUGUUCAGUACUCAGGCUGGCUGGAACCGUCUCAGCAUUGUCCUGCGUGAUAGCGGCACGCUGAAGUUUGUCAAGUACGUCAGUGCUAAUGCUAACGGUGACCGGUGGGAUAUUACUGGUGAUAUUGGUGUGGAGUUUGACGAUGAGGAUGAAGAUGAUGAUAUGGGUGACGAGGAUGAGGGGGAAGAUGAGGAGUAG